AUGGGAAAUUAUAAAUCUAGACCAACCCAGACUUGCACGGAUGAAUGGAAGAAGAAAGUCAGUGAAUCCUAUGUCACAGUCACAGAGAGGUUGGAGGACGACCUGCAAAUCAAAGAAAAGGAGUUGGCAGAGUUGAAGCAUGUUUUUAGCUCUGAUGAAGCCUUCUGCAAAGUCAAUUUAAAUUACCGCACUGAGAACGGGCUCUCGCUGCUCCAUCUGUGCUGUGGAUGUGGGGGCAACAAGUCGCAUAUCAGAACUCUGAUGCUGAAAGGGCUGCGCCCAUCCAGGCUGACAAGAAAUGGAUUUACAGCUCUGCACUUGGCAGCUUAUAAGGACAACGUGGAGCUGCUCACAGCACUGCUGCACGGCGGGGCUGACAUCCAGCAGGUCGGGUACGGAGCGCUCACGGCCCUGCACGUUGCCACCAUCGCCGGCCACCACAAGGCUGUGGAUAUUCUCCUGCAGCACGGGGCCUAUGUGAAUGUGCAGGAUGCUGUGUUCUUCACCCCCCUGCACAUUGCUGCUUAUUAUGGCCACGAGCAGGUAACCCACCUCUUACUGAAGUUCGGAGCUGAUGUGAAUGCAAGUGGUGAAGUUGGGGACAGACCUCUCCAUCUGGCUGCUGCCAAAGGCUUUCUCAACAUCACAAAGCUCUUGAUGGAAGAGGGAAGUAAAGCUGAUGUGAAUGCUCAAGACAAUGAAGAUCAUGUUCCUCUGCACUUCUGCUCUCGAUUUGGGCACCAUGAAAUUGUGAAGUUCUUACUGCAGAGCAGCUUCGAAGUGCAGCCUCACGUGGUGAAUAUCUACGGAGACACACCCCUACACCUUGCCUGUUACAAUGGGAAGUUUGAAGUUGUCAAAGAAAUAAUUCAGCUCUCAGGAACAGAAAGUCUCACUAAAGAAAAUAUAUUCAGUGAAACAGCUUUUCACAGCGCUUGCACCUAUGGAAAGAACAUAGAACUUGUCAAGUUUCUUCUUGACCAGAAUGUUGUAAGCAUCAAUCACCAGGGAAGAGAUGGGCACACAGGAUUGCACUGCGCUUGCUACCAUGGCCACAUUCGCCUUGUGCAGUUCCUGCUGGAUAACGGAGCUGAUAUGAAUCUGGUAGCAUGUGAUCCCAGCAGGUCCAGUGGAGAAAAGGAUGAGCAGACCUGUUUGAUGUGGGCUUAUGAGAAAGGUCAUGAUGCCAUUGUGACCCUCCUGAAGCAUUACAAGAGACCUCAGGAUGAAUCCCCCUGCAAUGAAUACUCCCAGCCUGGAGGAGAUGGUUCCUACGUGUCAGUGCCGUCCCCUCUGGGGAAGAUUAAAAGCAUGACAAAAGAGAAGGCUGACGUUCUCCUCCUCCGCGCUGGUUUGCCAUCGCACUUCCACCUUCAGCUCUCCGAGAUAGAGUUUCAUGAGAUUAUUGGCUCAGGGUCUUUUGGAAAAGUCUACAAGGGACGAUGCAGAAAUAAAAUCGUUGCAAUCAAACGCUAUCGAGCCAACACCUACUGCUCCAAGUCUGACGUGGACAUGUUCUGCCGGGAGGUUUCCAUUCUCUGCCGACUGAACCAUCCGUGUGUCAUCCAGUUUGUGGGAGCGUGCCUGGAUGACCCCAGCCAGUUUGCCAUCGUCACCCAGUACAUCUCCGGGGGAUCGCUCUUUUCCCUGCUCCAUGAACAGAAGAGAACUCUUGAUCUGCAGUCUAAAUUAAUCAUUGCUGUAGAUGUGGCCAAAGGCAUGGAGUACCUCCACAAUCUCACACAGCCCAUCAUACAUCGGGAUUUGAACAGUCACAAUAUUCUCCUGUAUGAGGAUGGUCAUGCUGUAGUUGCUGAUUUUGGAGAAUCUCGAUUUCUGCAAUCCCUGGAUGAAGACAACAUGACAAAACAACCUGGGAACCUGCGCUGGAUGGCCCCCGAGGUGUUCACCCAGUGCACGAGGUACACCAUCAAAGCUGAUGUCUUCAGCUACGCUCUGUGCCUCUGGGAGCUGUUAACAGGAGAAAUUCCAUUUGCUCACCUGAAACCAGCGGCAGCAGCAGCAGACAUGGCCUAUCACCACAUCCGCCCACCCAUCGGCUACUCCAUCCCCAAGCCCAUCUCUGCCCUGCUGAUGAGGGGCUGGAACGCCUGUCCCGAGGGGAGACCAGAGUUCUCAGAAGUUGUCACAAAGUUAGAGGAGUGUCUGUGCAAUAUUGAGUUAAUGUCUCCAGCCUCCAGCAACAGCAGCGGGUCCCUGUCUCCCUCCUCCUCCUCGGACUGCCUUGUGGCCCGGGGAGGUCCCGGCCGCAGCCACGUCGCCGCGCUGCGCAGUCGGUUCGAGUUGGAAUACGCCCUGAACGCUCGAGCCUAUGCUGUCUGGUCACAGGGCACUGGGCAACCCCCUUCUCAGGGCCUGUCUCUGGAUGACAUGAGAAGGAACUUCCAGUACCCCCCAGUUGACAAAAACGGGUACGUGUCAGACCCCUUAAGCACCAUGAGGUUCCACUCCUGCGGCAGCAGCGGCAGCUUCGAGGAGAGCAGCUGAGGGAGGGACCGUUCGCCUGCUGCCAGCCUGGCCAUCGACCCGCAGCUCUCGCUGCACCACCAAACCCCAAGUGUCACACCAAGAUCCCUGAACAGCUUUAGUGUUGAUGGCAAAUAUCCCCAUCCUGCGUUCUGCUUUAGCAUCCCCCUCUGCUGACCUGCCCGAGGGCUGGGUUUUGGUGGUGUGAUGCUGUUCUAUAACACAGGAAUGCCCACAAGGAAUGCUG